AUGAAGUUCUCCCUUGCCGCCCUAGUUGUCGUGCUCGCUCUGGCACACUUGAACCAAGCAGCACAGUCCCCCGAGGUUGAGACGCUGGCACAGUAUUUCCAGGAUCUGUCAGCUCAGCUGACCUCCACCACUCAGGAGCUAGUGCAGAAGAUCCAGUCAGAGACGUUCGUAGAGGAUGGAAAGGCCCAGCUGCAGCAGAUCCAGGCCCAGCUGAAGCCCCUGGCUGAGAACAUGCAGGCCCAGCUUAAGCCUCUGGUCGACAACUUCCAGGCUCAGAUGGAAGACCUCUUACGCAAGUUGAUGGACCAGACCAAGUCCCUCGGCCAAUAA